GACCUGUGAAGAUGGCGGCAGUGGUAGAGCUAGAGGUUGGAGGAGGUGCUGCCGGGGAACGGGAGCUGGAUGAGGUUGAUAUGUCACACCUCUCGCCAGAGGAGCAAUGGAGGAUCGAGCAUGCACGCAUGCAUGCCAAGCACCGUGGUCACGAAGCCAUGCAUGCCGAAAUGGUCCUCAUCCUCAUCGCUACCUUGGUGGUGGCCCAGCUGCUCCUGGUGCAGUGGAAGCAGAGGCAUCCUCGCUCCUACAAUAUGGUGACCCUCUUUCAGAUGUGGGUUGUUCCCCUCUAUUUCACAGUGAAGCUGCACUGGUGGAGGUUCCUAGUGAUCUGGAUCUUCUUCUCUGCUGUCACAGCCUUUGUCACCUUCCGAGCCACCCGAAAGCCACUAGUGCAGACAACCCCAAGGUUGGUUUAUAAAUGGUUCCUGCUGAUCUAUAAAAUUAGCUAUGCCACUGGCAUCGUUGGCUACAUGGCUGUCAUGUUUACCCUUUUUGGGCUUAAUUUAUUAUUCAAGAUCAAACCAGAAGAUGCCAUGGACUUUGGCAUUUCUCUCCUCUUCUAUGGCCUCUACUAUGGUGUUCUUGAGCGGGACUUUGCAGAAAUGUGUGCAGACUACAUGGCGUCUACCAUAGGGUUCUACAGCGAGUCAGGCAUGCCUACCAAACACCUCUCGGACAGCAUGUGUGCCGUGUGUGGGCAGCAGAUCUUUGUGGAUGUCAGUGAAGAGGGCAUCAUCGAGAACACGUACAGGCUGUCUUGCAAUCAUGUUUUCCACGAGUUCUGCAUUCGCGGCUGGUGCAUUGUGGGAAAGAAGCAGACGUGUCCCUACUGCAAAGAGAAGGUAGACCUCAAGAGGAUGUUCAGCAACCCCUGGGAGAGGCCCCACGUCAUGUACGGGCAACUGCUGGAUUGGCUUCGCUAUUUGGUAGCCUGGCAGCCUGUCAUCAUUGGCCUGGUACAAGGCAUCAACUACAUCCUGGGCCUCGAAUAAUCAGGCCGAAGAGCAUCCACCCACCAUGGACCUCAGGGCACACUCCUCCCUGCCCUUCAAGACCUCCUGGGUGGGAAAGACUCAAAGGGGCACUUGGGCCACUCAGGACCCUCCUGGCUGUGUCCGGGCAGGGGAGGGAUAUGAUGGCGAGCUAGCCAGUGGGCUGUCAGCAGUGGGGGCUUUUUAAAAAAAAACUAUUUUGAUGAAUAUAUUUAAAAACCUUUUUUAUUGUGGAGCAUAGGAACUGCCCCAACUCCUGCAGGCCUUAUCCUCCCUGCUUGAGCAGGGCGGGAGCAGAGCCACAACCUUUCUGGUUUAAAGGAGCCUCCUUGCCUCUGGCUGAGAGCCUCAGCCCACCCCUCCCUCCUUCCCUCGAAGGGGCUCAAGCCUGGCACGCUCGGUGUGGAAGAGCUGAAGCCCUCCCACUGGUGGCAGAGAGGAGCACUGUGUGGUGAGGGUAUCUUCUAUCUUCCCCUGUCCAGAAGCCAUAGGCUGGUUGAGGCAAAUGGAACCUUGUGACUUUUCCAGUGAGGGAAGCCUUGGGACUUCAGAAUGCAUUGAGGAUUUGUUUGGGGGCAGGAGCUGUUUGGGUGACCUGCCCGGAGCAGCCCUGUACUCAGCCAGAACGGAGGCCACGGGGGCUGCAAUGAUUGAGGGCCCCUUGUGCCGGAAGUGGCAGUAUAUACCACAGGCCAUUCAGCCACAUCACUUCCUUCCCGGAAAGCCUGGGUGAAGUGGGUGCGUGCCUCUGAGUGGGUGCGGCAGAGGGACUGACACACAUGAGACUAUGUUCCCUUGAAGCUGGCAGGGGAUUCCCAGCCAGAGACCAUCCCUACGUCAGCUUUGUUGUUCAUGGGUCCUGUCUGGGCCUGGCAGAGGAAGUUGGCAGGGGAGGUGGGAGGAGGGGGAGGCCCAGGUGAGUAUGGCAUCAGAAAAGGGAUUCCAGGGGGACCCAGCCCUGGCCCUAGGAGCUGUGAGGACGUGGGAGGGUAAACAUGGGCCUUCCACAUUGGGCUCCUAGGAAAUAUGGCCCACCUGGCCUCCCCUCCAAGGGCAGCAAGAACCAAGAAGGAUCUUGUCACUCCAUUCUGAAUAAAGCUCCAUGAGCUGGGUUGGAAA